AUGUCUGUUGUACCAGGUGAAAGUAGAGGACAGCCUAAUGCAGGCCACACCAGUGCAAGACCCUACACCAACAAAGACCCAGACCCAGCAAACCAGGCCUUGGGAGCUUUUGAAUCAGCUCCUGGCCUAGUUGUGCCUGUGGUGCGUAUGAGCUCCCCAGCUGGCAGUUUGCCUUCUGAAUUGGUUCUAGAGGCCUCACAGCUGGCCAUUCAUGCUCCUAGCCUGCUGAGCCGAGAAAAAGGGGCAUUAGCUGCUGACCUGUAUAUUCAUAUACUUCUCAUGUAUGUCUUGGCAGAUCUUUUGCUGGUUAUCCCUACAGGUCAAUUUCAGGUGAUUGGCCCAGAGGAGCCUAUUCAGGCCUUGGUGGGAGAAGAUGUUAUUUUCUCCUGUCAUGUCUCACCCAAGAUGAGUUUGGAGGACAUGGAGGUGAGGUUCUUCAGGAACCAAUUCUCUUCCAUACUGCUUCUGUACAAGGAUGGAAGAGAAAUACAGAAGAGCCAGAUGCAAGAAUAUCAAGAGAGAACUCAAUUUGUGCAAGUAGUCAUCGUUGAAGGGAAACUCUCCUUAAAACUGAAGAACAUAACCCUUUCAGAUUCAGGGAUAUAUGGAUGCUGGUUCAGCUCCCAAACUUUCUACCAGCAGUACACUUGGGAGCUAAAGAUAGCAGCUCUUGGGUCAUCCCCUCUCAUCUCUCUUAAGGGAUAUAGAGACAGAAAAAUCUUUUUGAUAUGUCAAUCAGCUGGCUGGUUCCCUAGGCCUGAGGUACAGUGGAAAAAUCAUCAGGGACAGUCCUUGUCAUCAGACUUCAAGGCAAACACAAAGGAUAAUGGCCUAUUUGACAUAGAAACCUCUCUAGUUAUACAAAAACCUUCCACUGGGGAUAUUUCAUGUUCUAUACGUAUCUGGGGCUUCAGACAGGAGUCCAGAGUGAAAAUAGCUGAUGAAUUUUUCCAGCCUUCUCCUUGGAGCUAUGCUUUCAGUAUUAUGAUGACUUUCUUUUUGAUUCUUGUUGCUUCUGGCAUAUUUCUCCACAGACAUCAAGUCAAACUUAAGGAAGAGCUGGAAUGGAGGAUAAAAAUGGGAAAGGAAGGUUGGAAAAAUGCCGCUAAGCAUGCAGUGGAGGUGACUCUGGAUCCAGAAACUGCUCACCCCAAACUCCAUAUAUCUCAAGACUGUAAAAAAGUGAACUAUGCAAACACUGUGUGUUAUGAUAUACCUGAAACUGAGAAGAGAUUUCAGUCUCCAAGUGUGGUGGCUUCACAAGGUUUCUCCACGGGAGAAUGUUAUUGGGAAGUAGAAGUUGGGAAGAAAAAUCGAUGGUACUUGGGUGUGUGUUGGGAUGAUGUAGAUAGGAAGCAAAAAGAGCCCCUGCUCUCUCCUGCCAAUGGUUAUUGGGUGCUGGGGCGAUGGAACCAACAUGAGCAUUUUACAUUCUCCCCUAGUCGACAGUCUCUAACUUUUCAGGUCCAGCCAGAGCGAGUGGGUAUUUUCCUGAACUGUAAGUAUCAGCAAAUCUCCUUCUUCAAUGUGACUGACAAAUCACACAUCUAUACAUUCACUGGAUGUGAUUUCAAUAAGAAAAUCCUCCGCCCAUACUUCAGGCCUCGUUCUAAUGACAUAAAUGAAUACAAUCCCACUUUGGUUAUCUGUACCAAUUUAACUGGCAUUGCAGAAAAUGAUACAUCUCCUUCUAACAGUGAUUAUAGAGGCAAAGCUGUGAUAUCAGAAGAGUAG